ACUACGCUCCUUCACACAUCUACAUCCCACAGCAUCAACACCUCUAUAUAUCCUACUGAUAUCAUGUCUUCAGCCAUGAAUUACACCGACCCCGUCACUAAUCGUCCUCUCCCCCCUGAAACGAUCCAACGCGUCCUAUACAUCGCCAACGCCGUGCACGUCUACCAAAUCCCCCCCAUCACCUCCGCCUCUGGUUUCAAAGCCGCCUCGUGGACCAGCAACCCGAAAUCCCACAUCUUCACCGCCCGCCUCCGCAUCAUCGAAAACUCCGUCCCCGCCACCGCCCGCGCCCCCGAAAAGGUUGCCAUCUACGCACUCCUCGAAGACGCCAAGGAGGCCACCCUCUUCGCCGCGUGCCCGUAUCUCCACCCCAGCAGCAUCGAGCAGGCGCAGGACAGCUCGCGGUUCUUCGCGGUGCGUGUUGUGGGCGAUGGGGGGAUGAAGGCGACGUUGGGGAUCGGGUUCGAGGAACGGCCCGAGGCGUUCGAUUUCAGCGUGGCGUUGCAGGACGUGAGACGGCAGUUAGACAUGGACGUAGCACAGGGUCCCGGAGCCCGAGGUAAGGCCAGUGGACGCGCCGCGCCGUCAACGGCUGCGGAGGAAAAGAAGGAUUUCAGUCUGAAAGAGGGUGAGACCAUCACCAUAAAUCUAGGGAACAAGACCCGGACCUCGAGCGGGCAGGGGUUUGGCUCCGCCGACGCGGUUCAAGAGCAGCGAGCGUUGUUUUCCCUUGCACCUCCACCUACGGGAGGGGUCAAUACCGGUACUCAGAGGUCGAGUUGGGGCCCAUCGAGCUUUCCAUCGCCACCGAAAGCUCCGGACAAGAAAGAGGCCGAGGAGUUUGGGUUUGAUGAUGGGGAAUUUGGAGAGUUCCAGUGAUGUUGCUGAGAAGGUUCUCCUCUAUCUCAACGGAGUGGUUGAGAGCCAUUCCGGAUUUUGGCGUUUUUCAAGACUUCAAUUGGGUCGAUGAUACCUGCCUGCAUUGAUCUAACUCCAUGGAGUACUGAAUAUGGUCCUUGAUUUUUACACUACCACUUAAUCCUUCCCCAUCCCACGGAAUUGAUGCGUCCAAGUAUGUACAGAAAACUGUAGACUGAUGACUGGCUAUAAGAAACCAUAUAUCAUGCUUGCCAGAUGCUCUUCACAUAGAGUACAAAUCCAAAGGCUCCUCAGAAGUUAUACUUCCAAACACUCAAGCAAUAGUUCCCGAUGGUUGUCCUUUCCCGUCAA